AUGGAUAUCAAAAUAAAUCAAGAUUUGCAACAGGAUAAUGAAGAGCCCAUUUCUAUGUUUUUUGAUGAGAACUUUGUGCCUCAUGCCUACUUGGAUGCUUUUUUCAAUAACAUAAUCAUAAGAUCAAACAAUUCGAUUUCAAUAACUAAUAACAAUAGCAGUUUGACUAACAAUAUUAAUUUGAAGAAUCUAAUGAAAAAUUCAAAUGAACUCUUAUCUUAUUUGGAUUAUUAUUCAUUUGAAUUGUCUAAUGAGUUAUCGAAUAAAGUUGUUACUUUGAAUAAUUCAGUGGAAGUGAUAUCAAAUGAACACCAUAAUAAUAACAUUAUUAGAUUGGAAUACUAUCUUGACAACCUAUCAAAUUCUGUUGUUAAUCUUCAUAAUGAUAUUAACACAAUUAAUAGCAAAAUUGAUGAAUUAAAUUUAACAACUGAUCAGUAUCAUUUACACAACCAUCCUUCUUCAAUAAACAAACUAAUCCAAUUACAAAAAAUUAAAGAAAAUUUGUUAGUUUUACUAAAUAUUUUUCAAACAAUC